AUGAAGAUUGGCGGCCAGGGGAAGCUCAACAGGGCUUUCAGGGAGAAGAGGGCUAGGUUCUACAUCUUCCGCCGCUGCGUCGUCAUGUUGCUCCGAUGGAGCGACUGAUGGGUCUCUCCAUGACGGAUCUUGUUUUUUCCUUCCAUUCUAGGAUUUUUUUUUGGCACUGCCAUUUUUCAGGGUUAGAGUAGUUUAGCUGUAGUCGCUCUGUAUAGGCUAGACUUCAUCAUUUGAGGUCCUUUUUUCUCGGCAAAGGGAGAGAGAUCCAGCUCCGUAGUCUGAGGCUGCCAUCUUCUUGUACGACUGGAGAAAUUAAAGAUUGAUGUGAAGAUCAUUUCUUACCUGUU